AGAAAUAACUCCCAAGAAAAACAACAAAAUUGGCAAAAAACCGCGUGCAAUCCGUGUAAUAAAUAUAUUCAACACCUAAGCCCAGCUACGCGGCAGCAACUAAACACCAUGCAAGUAUCUCAAGUCUCUCGCCCAACUCUCUAAUUGCGGGCGAAAAAAGUGCGCGUGUUUGUGUGCCUCGUACAAAAAAAAGAGUAGUGAAAAAAAGUCGCCGCCGAGGGUAACUGGGCGCAAAAUACACAGAGAAAAACAACGAGCAGUGCCAGUCAACCAAAUUGGCGCCACUGUAAUGCGUUGAGGCAAUCACAAGAAACAACAACAACAGCAACGUUAACAAAAACAAUGUCCAAAACAAUCGAAGACUUCGACGAGGAGCUGUUUGAGACGCGCCUCGAAGCGCUUAAGGAUACACAGGAGUGCAUACAGCAUAUGUCCAACUGGUGCCUGCAGCAUCGCUUCAAUCACAAGAAGAUCAUUCAGUGCUGGUUGAACGUCUUCAAGCGAGUUCGCGUCGAUCAUCGCCUGGUGCUGUUCUACCUAGCCAACGAUGUCAUUCAGUACAGCAAGCGCAAGCACUACGAAUUCGUCGAGUGCUGGGCAACAGCUCUGCAGAGAGCAACGACAAUGGUGCGUGAUGAACGGGUAAAGGGUAAAAUAUUGCGCAUCUUUAAAAUUUGGGAGCAACGCGAAAUCUACAAUGAAGAAUUCCUCAGUGAUCUGAGCGGUCUGCUUAAUAUAGCUCCGCCAAAGAAAGCCCCACCUAGCACCGAUCCGAGCAGUGAGUAUCAGAAUGCAACACUAAUUGCCCAGGUGAGAGAAUGUGUCGAGCUCGCUGAUACGACGGACAAGAGCAUGAAGAAGCUACCGAAGCCGCCGACAUUUGAAUUGGAGGCGAUUAAACAGCAGCUAAAGGACAAAAGCCAUUCGGGUGACAUUGAAAAGGAACUCGAACGCUGUGUGGCUUUCAUCAAUGCCUACAAUAAGAAUCUGCAGAACGAGAUCAAAUGUCGCAAAUCGGUGCUGGAGUCCAUCGAUGCGGCUAAAAAGUUCUACGAGCAUCAGGGACGAGAAGUCAAAGUGGUUGCCAGUGCCUAUAAAAGUUUUGGCACACGCAUAAAAAUUGUGAAACGCAAGCUGGACGAGGUAAUACCCACGCUGGCCAGUCCCAUACCCUCACCGGACAUAAAUGCACCAUCGCCAGAACGUGAUGCGGAUUUGCAGCUGCCGGAUGAGAAUAAUUCACCGCUGGGCGUGAACAUAUUCAGCGGCAGCGGUCUCAAUGGUUUUGCCAGCUAUUUGGACGGUGGUCAACUGCCGUUCGAUAUAAACGACUUCAAGCGUGAGUCGAGUGGCAAGGAUAGGGGCAGCGCCAUUGAGGUUAUUGGGUCGCGUUCGGAUGAUGAGAGUUAUACGCCCGGCGCCAGUUUCUAUAAGCCCGAGACACUGAACAGCAGCAGCUAUACCAAUAAUAAUGCCAAUGGAAAUGGUGGCGGUGCCAUACCAGGACUCGGCGGAGGUGGAGCCGUUAGCAGCGCCAGCGAAGAAUAUAAUCCCAGUCAAGUGCAGUCGGUUUAUGGUGGCGUUCUGCCGCCGCCCCCGCCGCCGCAUAUCGGCUAUGGCCAGACGGAGACUCAAUAUACGCCCGCGCCACUGAACAGCAGCAAUCCGAUGGCACCACCGCCGCCGAUGCCGGCAUCGGGUGGCAGCGUCGAUGAUUUCAAUAGCACCUGGGACAUGAACAUGACGUGGACGCCGCUCGACAAUAGUCUAAAUAGCAGUGGCGCCAGUUCCAGCUAUACGACAUCAUCGCAAGCGACGCCGCACUCGCCGCCGCAUUUCGAGCGCAAGGGCAGCGGUGCACCGAUCGAGUACAGUGAGCACCACAAUGUGGCUGGCCUUGGUGCACAGGAUGUGGAUCAUCGUACAAUCCAAUUGCCGCCGGCAUUCAAUUUUCGACCCAAGUCUGCGCUGAGCGAAGAGCAAACGCGGCAACUGGUCGACAUUGAUCAUAGAAAUUUGAUAUCGCUAACGGGUUCCCCGAGUGGUGCAGAAAAGGAGUUUGGUGGUGGCGAUGUGGACUAUCGCACAGCGACCACCGCGAAGGGCGAGGAAACGGGCAGCGCCAUACGGAGUCUGGGCAACAAUUCACCGAUGAUGGCGCCGCCGGGCAGCUUUGUGAAGAAGACCAGCUCGCCGCAGAAAUCCAAUGCGAGUAAGAGCUCCUCUUCCGAAUCUGAUCGUGUGGAUGGCUCGGCGCGUUAUGAUCCCGCCGAUAUGGUCAUUGACAUGGACAUGUCCGACGAGGAUUUGGAUGAGUUGCAGCUAGAACUCAAUGCGAAUGUGGAGCUGAAUAAUGUGGAUGGUGAAACGGAUGCAAAUGGCGCUUUAACGCCGCGUCCAGUGCUGCUGGAAACGCCGCAGGAGUUUCAAUGGGAUGCCAGCAACAAUUUUCUUGCAGCUGCCAACACCGGCAACAUUCAAGACAUGCAGGCCGAUGCACAACAACAACAGCAGCCGCCAUUGCCACCACAGCAACAACAGCAGCAGCAGCCGUGGAAUCAAAUGCAAUCACCGAUGCCAUGGAAUGGCAACGAGGGCAACAAUGGAUCAGCUGGUGUGCCGCCAUUGCCCAGGUCGCCAUUUGCUGGGGGGCCCUAUCAGCAGCCCUUUCAGCCAUUUAGCAAUAGUCCGGAUAGACCGAAUUAUAGACCGUAUAGACCGAAUUAUCAGCGCAUGCCCGGACCCUUCGAUGGUGGGCCAGGACCAGGUGGACCUGGUGGACCGCGUCAAUUCUUUCCACGCGGCGGUGGCGGUCCCAUGCGCGGUGGCGGUGGGCGCAGGCGCAUGCGUGGUAAACCUUGGAUGUAAUUACGUAUUAUAGAUUCUAUAUUUAUACACAUAGACACACAACUCAACACACACUCACACACAGAUACACACAUACAUAAACGCAUACACAUACGCAAUUGCAAAGUUUUUAGUUAUUAGACGUCUUUAUCUCAUUUGGAUUUAACUUAUGGACGCAUAUAUUGACCAUAUACACACAUAAUUUUAAUUGACAUCCUGGCAAGCUGCGGAUCGUUGGCUAUUAAAUAAACUAUAUACUUAUAAACAGAAACAUAUUUUGGAUGCACCCCAAACUCGGAACUGUCUAUAAACUAUGCUUAAGCAAUAACGUUUUACAAUUUUCCUGAUAAAUACAAUAUUAAUUAUUAUAUUCAUAUAACGACAGUUCUCCUCACUAAAUGUUUGUUUUGAGCUAAUGCUAAUUAUAAAUAUAUCAAUGUUUUCAUAAAUGCAAUAUUAGAUGAGUUAUUUAAAGAGGCUCAAAUUUCGUUUAUUUAUCAAAUGCCAUAAAAAGUGCAUUUUUUUUAGCACAAUAAAAUUCAUCUACAAGCUCCAUUGAGUGAAUUUAUGGGUUUCUCCGGGGUUUACCCAAUUAAGUUGCUGACUGGUUUUUAUCAUUUCUUAUGUCGCCAAACAGUUUAGUUUAUCUCCAUUGUGAUAUAUAGUUUUUUUUAGUCAACAAUCCAAAUGCUUAUUUUUAUAAAACUUUCAAAGACUCAUUUAGUAACAAAAUAUAUCAAACAAAUUUCGUUUAAGUUUAAAGUUGCCUUAGCCUCUAGAUCUUCUACAUAUAAUAUAUAUAUAUUAUACACUUAACAAUUAAUUUCCACACAUUGCUUUUAAUUCUCAGCACUAGUUUUUAAGAAAAAGUAUAAUGUAAAUAUAAAUGUAAUUAUUAUAGAAACUAAAUUAUAUCUUUACGAACUUCGGUUAAGCCAAAGUUUAAUGUUCUUCACUAAAUGUCAACACAUACCAGAUUAAAUAAUAACCCUCUGUUCGGUAAAAAAAAAAAGUUAAAAAA